CCGCCAGUCCGGUUAGUCGGUCGACGAGUGUGCUGAUCUGUGGUCGCAUUCGCCCUCGGUGUACUACUAUCUACGCGGUGGUUUGCACAGCUGAUACUACUACUUCUGCCCGGUGGUGACCGCAUUCGACGCAUUCCUGUACGUAACAGCAAGCCGCAAGACAACACUCCCGAGGCGAGAAACUCUUGAGCGCGUAGUUCCACCGGUUGAUGAUGGCCUCGAAGGUGAUCCUGGCGGUCGGCGGGGUGCUGGUGCUGCUGGCGGCGGUUGCAACCACCGGGGAGGCGAACGCGCUGCCGCCGGAGCAACGCUCCCACACGGACCUGGCCGAGCUUGACUCGAGCGAGGAGCGCCCCGGUACGAUCGAGCUCGUGAAGGACUUCUUCGGUGAUCUUUCCACCAAGGUGAAGGAAGGCGUCCAGGACGGGGUGGUGAAGGUGAAGGCGGGCGUCAAGCAGGGGGCGUCCAAGGCGAAGGAGUAUGCGACGAACGUGCGGGACUACCUGCGCGACACGUUCAGCAGCAGCUCGAAGGAGCAGCAGCCAGCGCAACCCGACUCGCUGAACCCAGCGACCCCGAAGGUGCUCCUCGACGGCUCCCAUUGACCACCGGCGGUGCUAGGGUUUACUCCGGAGACUCGCCCCCUCCCUCCCCCUCCGCCGACCAGGAUACGACCGGUUGCUCUGUAACAGUUUGCCUUUAAAUAAAGCGUUUGCCAGC